AUGUCAUUCGUGGUGUGGAUUCCGAUCCAGCUUCCUGCUGAGGUGAACUGGAUGCAGCGAGUGGUGGCUCACGUGGCUGGGUUCCUGCCAGUCACCUGUCACAACGAAACAGUUAUAAUUGGUGCAAAAUCCAAGCUUGGCCGUCCGGGGCUGCACUCGCAGGCAGGAGCCCCCGGCAGCCCGCAGCCCGCCUUCCCCUCAGGCCCGCGCGCCCCCGGCCGCCCGCCGUCUACCCAGGCCCGCGCGCCCCCGGCCGCCCGCCGUGUACCCAGGCCCGCGCGCCCCCGGCCGCCCGCCGUCUACCCAGGCCCGCGCGCCCCCGGCCGCCCGCCGUCUACCCAGGCCCGCGCGCCCCCGGCCGCCCGCCUUCCCCUCAGGCCCGCGCGCCCCCGGCCGCCCGCCUUCCCCUCAGGCCCGCGCGCCCCCGGCCGCCCGCCGCGCAGAAAGGACCCGGAGCGUCCGUCAGCCCCGCCCCAGCACGGCCGCCCGCCGCGCCUGCUCGCCUGCCCGCCGGGGCUCUCGGCCUUGACUGCCCGGCCCGUGGCCGCCCUCGCCGGGGUCCGGGAGUGGACAGACCCCCGGCUGUUUUCCGAGGAAGGAGCUUGUGGCAGGAUCCGGGCGCCGCGUUCAGUGCGGCACAGCCUGGGACAGCCCGGGCCGGGCGGUGAGGCCCCCGCUGUCACUCGCUGCGGCCGGACCCACAGCUGA